UUUACCGUAUGAAUCAGAAAAAAAUGGUAAACAUGAUAACCAACGCAAUAAUACUGGUAACGGACACACCAAUCCUGGUAACGGACAUAAAAAUCCCAAUCCUGGUAACGGACACAAUAAUCCCAAUCCUGGAAUGGGUAUUCCGGAAGUACCGGGAGUAGCCGUCCCUGAAGUCCCUGGAGUGUCUAUCCCUGGAAAUGGAAAUGGAAAGAAUUGUAAAGGAAAGGGUAAAGGAAAGGGUAAAGGAAAUGGUAAAGGAAAGGGUAAAGGAAAGGGUAAAACAAGGGGAUUACCCAUUCCUGACGAUGACGAAUCUUGUGAUGACGGAACUGUACCCCCACCUAAUAAUG